GCAGUCUCAGAUCCAACUAAUUCAAGAGUUUGAAAAGUUUGGGAAAUUUUGUGAGACUUCCAGAACUGACGAGAGUGAGUGCAGGCAGUGGCUCUCUGGAAUUAUAAGCCUGCAAUAAAAUUUCCUCUGCAGCUCAACGAUGUCAGCGCAUUUCAACAAGGGACCUGCGUAUGGACUCUCAGCAGAGGUGAAUCGCAAGAUUGCCCAGAAAUAUGACCCACAAAGAGAUGAGGAUAUCCGGAGGUGGAUUGAAGAUGUGACUGGAGUCACUAUAUCUGAAAACCUAAUGGAUGGGCUGAAGAAUGGAGUCGUACUGUGCAAACUUAUUAAUACACUGCAGCCUGGCUCAAUCAAGAAGAUUAACGAAUCCCCACAGAACUGGCACCAGCUGGAAAACAUUGGAAACUUUCUCAAAGCAAUCGCAAAAUACGGCGUGAAGCUUCACGACAGCUUUGAAGCCAACGACCUGUAUGAGAACUGUAACUUGACCCAAGUUCAGACCACUCUCAUGGCCCUAGCUAGCUUGGCAAAGACGAAAGGGUACCAAACUAAAUCAGACAUUGGUGUGCGGUAUGCAGAGAAACAGCAACGUGCUUUUAACAGUGAGACACUGAAAGCAGGACGGAACAUCAUUGGACUUCAGAUGGGGACAAAUAAAUUUGCCAGCCAGCAGGGUAUGACAGCCUAUGGCACCAGAAGGCAUCUGUAUGACCCUAAAACUGGAGUGGAGAAGCCCCUUGACCAGACAACUAUCAGCCUCCAAAUGGGAACCAACAAGGGGGCAACACAGGCUGGAAUGACGGCCCCAGGAACACGGAGACACAUUGUUGACAACAAGCUGGGCACUGAAAAGUGCGACUCCAGUAUCGUGUCGCUACAGAUGGGAACAAACCAGGGGGCCUCGCAGAAAGGAAUGACUGUGUACGGGCUGAGCCGCCAGGUGUUUGACGCCAAGUACUGCUGCAUUUCCAACUACCCCAACGACGAUGGCAUCCUGUUGGCAAGCGGCUCGGAAUGCAGCGAAGGUGACUACCAAGGAGAGUACAAAUACAAUCAGCACACGGAUGCCAUUCGCCGCGGGCAAAUCUAUCAGGGCUUUGAGUGAAAGCACAGUGAUACCACUCAACGGACUGAUUUGUACAAAUGUGCAUCGCAUCCUUACAUACCCCUUCACCCAAUGCUCAGUACUAGGGCCCCAUGUGUAAAACCCUGGUCAAAGUGACACAGAACACUUCCCUGCCAAUGCACACUGCUGCAGAAACCUAUACCCAGCUCCAGUGCCAAAAAUGAGUUGGCAGACACAUCCAUUCUUUUUCUUAUCCACCCGAGUCAGUGAUGAACUGGCCAAUUGACUCAAAACAAUCGGAAAAUGCAGGCCAAUGCAACAAUUGGCAAAAGGAUAUUGAACUAUUGGGUUAGAUCCAGUUUCAGGAGUUUCAAUGGUCAGGUUUUGUAUGGCAAUCCCAAGUCUUCAGUAACAUACUCUGAAUCAGUUUUCUCUCAUCAGACUAAUAUUUUGUACAAUAUUGGAUAUACAAUCCCAAUAUAUACAACAAUGUAAUUGACUGUCCACCUGUCACAGGGAUAAAUUCUGUAUUCCAACACUGCCAUGUUGUAUAAUUAAUACAUGAUACUGGUGGGUUUAACUAUACAGUCCCUGUAAAAUGCAAUGCCAGUCAUCACUGGGAUGUGGGCUGUUUCAUAAUGCCAGCUUUGAUAAUUUGUUGGACUUCCAUCAUGGUAAAAUCUAUGCUGAUACACAGAGAGAACAACAUGUUAAACCAUCUUAACCCACUCAACGCUAAUCCUGUAGCUGGAGCAAGAGCAGAUGAUGAUGGACGCACGUUCAAAGUAUUUAGAUUAGUUUCUAGAAUUAGAGGAGCUUCUUUUCAAAAGCAGUACUUUAAGUAUCUAUACCCACUAUAAGCAUUAGUUGUAGAUCAAGAACUCCCCCUGCGCACAGACACUUUCCUUUCCAAAUUCUACCAAACGCCAGGCUUAAGCAGACAGUCAAACUCGACAACAGCGAAGGCUGAAAUCAGGCCUUGGGACUUCCCUAUAGUCAGCUCACUGUUUGUACAGAACAACCUCCAAUGGAAGGACAUGCCAAGUGUCGGGUAAACUGAAGGUAAUAUUUAUGUUCAAUAAAACUGUGACAGCACCAGCACCAGGGCCAUAACAUGGACAAGCAUUUUGUCAAUUGGUUCAUUGUGAAGAUGCAAAAAAAAAAAUGUAGCCAGCCAAGGCCUGAAAUCAGACGCAGCCAGCGAGCACAUCUCUGUGGCCAAGCUUCAGCUGUGUUCUGCCCCCAGCUAACAGUGUCUGUACCAGUUCCUCAGAUUAAUGUCCAUCUGGCUGCCACUGCAGAAUAAAUCAUCAGACAGUGCAUACAUAGUAAACAGAAUCCACCCUGGCAAUUAGUCAGUCAUAUCUGGAAACCUUCAGACACUAUCAAUUCUUUGUUUGAUGAACUGUGUUCAGGGCAACGUGAUAGUUUGACAUCAGUUAUUGAACUGUUAACUAUCUCCUGUGACUAAUUAAAAGGCCUCUUACUGCAGUAAAUAAUGUGAAAUGUCUGCUGUUGUCCUAAUCCAGAGCACAAAGUUUAAUAAAUCCAAAACACAGUGCAAGUCAAUGAAUCCAGAGCACACCAUGUCAAUCAGCAUUGAACAACACAAAAGUUGUUAUUCAGUCAAUCGUUUAUAAUCAGAGAUGGUUCCCGUUUCUAUUUCCUCCAAACUACAUCAGAACCGCACCACCCUGAUACUUUUACCCUUUACCUACAUUGGAAUGGUAAUGCACAGAGAUACGUCCCAAAAAGGCUGCGUUAUACUGCAGAGGGGUUGCACAAAGCUCCCCCUCCAACAUACUCCUUGCAGCACCCACUCUGAUCCGUGUGUUGCUUGGAGAUGUUACCCGACUGUCCAUUGGAGCAGAAUCACAUUGAGCACAGUGCAUUAGAACAUUGCACGGUCAUGGGCGCGCACUGUAUCAGAACGUCACACCAGGAACUCUUCCACAUUACACUUAAUUGUAAAGGCAUGAUCAUCGAGCUUGGAUUUUCACACAAAAGGCAGUAUUAUGUCAAAAUAACAUUGCUCACAAGGGAUAAAUGUUUCAAUUCCAUUUCCUGGCAGAGAUGUGAAACUGUUCAAAUAAGGACAUAACAUGCUGGAAAUAUUCAUCAGUACGGCUGCAUCAGUGAUAGAGUAGGCAAAAUUACCAUUUCGGGUCAAAUCCAAAAUACAUCUUAGGCAGGCCAGGCAAUGAGUUCUGAAAAUUGUCACAUGUAGCUGAAAAUUUCUCUCAGGAACAGAUAUGAGGGAAAACCACGCACUGUCCGUGACCCCAGCUGCAAGAUGAUUUGGAGCCUUGUUUGCCUCCAACAAACUCCAUUCACUUUGCCUGCAUUUACACUCUCCAACAAUAUGAUCAGACAAAUUCUAGCAUCUUGAUUGCACAGGAUGUACAAGAACUACAGAAGUUGAGCAAGGAAAGGGUAAAGUUCAGUGGGAGGGAGUGAGGCAUGUAGUUACUAGAACCACUAAACUAAUAGGCCCAGAAAAUAUUUCUGUGCUGUGUAGGAAAACAAGUUUAAAGCAGUGUUGAUAGGUUCUUGAUUAGUAAGGGCAUCAAAGGUUACGAGGAGAAGACAGAAUGGAAUCAAGAGGGAAAAUAAAUAUGUUAAGAUUGAAUGAUGGAGCAGAGUCAAUGGACUGAAUAGCCUAAUUCUGCUCCAAUAUCUUAUGUUCAGCCUAAGAUACUACUGGUUACUGACAGUACACCGAACGCUGGGCACAGU